GCGCAACUCGUGACUUCCGCUUCCGUUGCAGAUCACGAGCAAGAAAAUAAUGCAAACUUUGGGAGAGGUUCAAGUUGUGAAAGACAGAUGGAACACGGAUGAAGAUGAGGGUAACAUCAGCUACAGUGGCCACAUGUCUCCUGUUUCUUCAGUCUUGUGCAGCAGUUUUAAAGAACGGAGAAAGUCCUAAUGUGCUUUUUCUGGUCAUUGAUGACCUCCGACCUGCCCUUGGUUGCUAUGGAUACCAAAACGUGAUCACACCCAACAUCGAUCAGCUGGCAGCUAAAGGAAUCAAGUUCAACAAUGCAUUUGUGCAGCAAGCAGUAUGCGGUCCCAGCCGUACCUCGUUCCUGACCGGUCGCAGGCCGGACACGACCCGCUUGUACGACUUCUACUCCUACUGGAGAACAGCCGCGGGAAACUUCACCACUCUGCCUCAGCACUUCAAGGAGUCUGGCUACUUCACUGCUUCUGUGGGGAAAGUCUUCCACCCAGGUAUAUCAUCAAACUUCAGUGAUGAUGCCCCUUACAGCUGGUCUGUUCCAGCGUACCACCCUCCCACUCAGAAGUUCAAGAUGAAAAAAGUUUGUCCAGGUCCGGAUGGACAGCUCCAUAUGAACCUUGUAUGUCCUGUGGACGUGAAGUCCCAGCCACUCGGGUCUCUGCCCGACAUCCAGAGUGCAGACUAUGCUGUGGAGUUUCUUCAAAACGUUUCUGCCUCCUCCCAAACAAGCCCUAAGCAACCAUUCUUUCUGGCUGUGGGCUUCCAUAAGCCUCAUAUUCCGUUCAAGUACCCCAGAGAAUUCCAAGACUUGUAUCCUCUCUUCAACAUCCACUUGGCGCCCAACCUUUCCCUGCCCCCAGAUCUCCCCACCAUUGCCUGGAAUCCAUUCACUGACAUCCGCAAACGUGAGGACGUUAAGGCCCUAAACAUCAGUUUUCCCUAUGGACCUGUACCCAGAAAAUUUCAACUGCUGAUGAGACAGGGUUACUAUGCAGCGACCAGCUACACAGACAGCCAGGUGGGCAGGGUGCUGGCUGCACUAGAUGAACAGGGAUUGGCCACAAACACCAUAGUUGUACUGGUGGGGGACCAUGGUUGGUCACUUGGAGAGCACCAGGAGUGGGCCAAGUACAGUAACUUUGAAGUGGCCACACGGGUCCCUCUGAUACUCUACGUACCAGGUGUCACUCACCAGCCUGUCAGGGGAGACUCUACCUUCCCGUACAUUGAUGCUCUAGAGUCGUGCAUUAAUGAAAUACCAAACCAUAACAUUGUAAACGCACCAUCUGGAGGAAAUGAUAAUGUAUUGGUCCAGAAGAACAGUUGCAACAAAGCAGGAUUACCUCAUUGCCGCUUACAAACUCUUCCAGAAGAGGGACAUGAAAGCGAUGCUUUAGUUGAACUGGUUGACAUAUUUCCUACCCUUGCCGAGAUGGCAAACUUAAGGACACCACCGCUCUGUCCAACUGAUUCCUCUAAAGUUGAGCUCUGUACCGAAGGCAGCAGCUUCGUGCCAGUGAUAUUGAAUGUCACUGGUGGUACAAGCAGACAAAAUAUUGUAACAUCAUGGAAGCCAGCAGUGUUCAGCCAAUACCCACGUCCGUCUGAGCAGCCACAGAUUAAUUCUGAUCUUCCCCACCUAAAGGAUAUCCAGUACAUGGGUUAUUCCAUGAGGACAGAGCAGUAUCGGUACACAGAAUGGGUGGCGUUCAACCCAGACACCUUCAAACCUGAUUUUGACCUUGUUGCAGCUCGAGAACUGUACCUACAUGACACGGAUGAACUGGAGGAUCAUAAUGUGGCAGGGAAAAGUGAAUACAGACAUCUGCUGACACAAUUGUCGCAGCAACUCAGAAAAGGAUGGAGAAAUGCUCUUCCUUCACAGUAAUCAGGACAAUGGAGGUCUGUGGAAAGCUAACUCUUCCUGCCCACGUUGUGAGGACUCGUCCCAAGGACGCCCAUCUGUAGGAGGGCUUGUAACACCAGUCUCUUUAGGCUGGGCCGAUGGGAUUGCUCAGCAGUGUCUUGGAACACCUUGAUAGCACAGACAAUUGUCAUGCAUGACAAAUGCUAUACUCUUUCCAGUAAAGUCAGACUGCCCCCAUGACUUUUUAAACUAUUCACACAUCAAUUAUUCUUCUGUAACAUGCCCAGGGAUCCAUGGUAGUGCAUAGCAAAAAACUGACGAAAAGGUUUCGUAAUUCUAGGUUGGACUUCACAUCAUUCAUUCUCUGCUGCCAAACAACAUUCAUUACAAACAUGAAAAUUUAUUUUGGACCUUUUCUUCUGGGUUUGCUACUGCUUUGAAUGUGAUAUAACUGAAGUCUUAACGUGAUAGUACCAUUGAAAACAGCUGAUAUGCUGAAAGUGCAAAAUCUGCAUUUUUUUAAAAAUGUAACCAUCCUGCCCAUUGCAGUGAGGAUAUAGCAUCAUUACAUGCAUCAUGAAUUGUCCUUGGUCAGAGGUCGCCUGCUUUAUCAGAUAUUUUCUACAGUUAGCUACUGUGUUUAUAUUUUAUACUUCAGACAUAAUAAAAGAAGCAGGACAG